UAUCUGUUUAAAGAAACAGUACUUCACACUUCAUCCUCUUAAUUGCUGCUGGAGACAAUUUUUACCUUUCAACAUGACAAAGAGCCGAAACACACCCAGUACACUGUGCUGAUAAAAGUGUGUGAAUGUUCAUGAGAGGUCUAGUCAGAGCCUGGAUUUCAAUCCAAAUGUAUUCUCUCUGAUAACAGCUGUACAGUGACGUUUCCUAAUUCACAUGACAGAUGUUGAAGACACUGCAGAGAGCAAAUGAGGGAGAUCCUCGAAUCCAGAUGUGGUGAAUUUGUAGCAUUACACCUACAAAGACAUGAUGUGCUGAGUGAAGCAUCUGAAUGCUGUCAGGUUUAUAUUUAUUUUAUUAUUAAACCCACAGUCAAAUUCACAACAAAGAACAAAUCAGGCUGCAUUGGAUUGGACUGUUUAGAUCAGAAAGUAUCUCCUGUUGUAAGACUACACUGUUCCUCACAAGCCUGAACUCUCUGUGUUUAAAGCCACGCCCACUCUGUGUGUCACACUAUAACACACAACAGGAAGUUCAUUUUAGAGAAAACAAAACUCAGAACUCAAAGCCCCCCGCCUCUCUCGCUCUCUCGCUCUCUCUCACACACACUGGUAAGAGAGAAAAUGGCAGAAGUCAGUAUUUCAGUAAAUCAGGAUCAGUUCAUCUGUACAGUGUGUCUGGAUCUCCUGAAGGAUCCUGUGACUAUUCACUGUGAACACAGUUUUUGUAAGGUGUGUAUUAAUAGCUGCUGGAAUCAGGAAGAUCUGCAGAGAGUCUACAGCUGCCCACAGUGUAGAGAAACGUUCACUCCAAGGCCUGUUUUACGCAGGAACAACAUUCUGGCUGAAGUGGUGGAGAAACUGAAGAAGACUGAACUCCAAGCUGCUUCUCCUGCUCACUGUUACACUGGACCUGGAGAUGUAAGCUGUGAUUUCUGCACUGAGAGAAAACACAAAGCCGUCAAGUCCUGUCUGGUGUGUCUGGCCUUAUAUUGUGAAGAUCAUUUUAAACCUCACUAUCAGUCUCAGGCUUUUAAAAAGCACAAGUUAGUUGAAGCCUGUGUAGAUCUCCAAGAGAAGAUCUGCUCUCAGCACGACAAACUGAUGGAGAUCUACUGCCGUACUGACCAAAACUUCAUCUGUUACUUGUGUAUGACGGAUGAACAUAAAGGCCAUGAUACAGUUUCAACUACUGCAGAAAGAAGUAAAAAACAGAAUGAACUAAAGGAGGAGCAGAUUAAAUCCCAGCAGAAGAUCCAGGAGAAGCAGAAGGUGGUGCAGGAGCUGAAACAGACUGUUGAUAUAAUAAAGAGGUGUUCAAAGGCAGCAGUAGAUGAUAAUGAGAAGAUCUUUAAUGAGAUGAUCAGCUCCCUGGUGAAAAGGCGCUCGGAGGAGACGGAGCUGAGUCGAGCUGAACAACACCUGAAACAUCUGGAGCAGGAGAUUGCUGAUCUUCAGAGGAGAGUCAGUGAUCUGGAGCAGCUUUCACACACACCUGAUCACAUCCACUUACUCCAGAGUUUCCCGUCUCUCUGUGUUUCUCCUGGAUGUGACGACUCACCCAGCUUCACUGUCAACCAACAUCUCUCAUUUGAUGGAGUGAGGAAAUCUGUCUCAGAUCUGAAAAAACAAGUCAAGGAGAUCUGUCAGGAGGAAUUCAACAAAAUCCGUCCACAAGCUGCAGCAGUUCAGAUGAUUUUACCCUCAGAACCAAAGAGCAGAGCAGAUUUUCUGCAGUAUUUCUGUUAUCUGACUUUGGAUCCCAACACAGCACAUCCUGAUCUCUUUCUCUCUGAGAAGAACAGAGUCGUGAGAUGCAGUGAGAAAAAGCAGCGAUACUCUGAUCAUCCAGAGAGAUUUGACUCCUGGUUUCAGGUGUUGUGUAAAGAGAGUGUGUGUGGACGCUGUUACUGGGAGGUGGAGUGGAGCAGUGUUGUGUACAUAUCAGUCUCAUAUAAAGAGAUCAGCAGGAACGGAUGCGGUGAUGAAUGUGGGUUUGGAUUGAACAGUCAGUCCUGGAGUCUGGUGUGUUCUUCUUCCUCUGUCUCUUUCUGGCACAACAACAUUAAAACUGCACUCCGAGGUCCAGCGUCCUCCAGAAUAGGAGUGUAUGUGGAUCACAGUGCAGGAACUCUGUCCUUCUACAGCGUCUCUGAUACGAUGAGGCUCCUCUACAAAGUCCAAACCACAUUCACUCGGACGCUAUACGCUGGAUUCUGUAUGGAUUAUUAUGCAGACUUGAGGUUUUGUGAUCGAAAAUGAAAUGUAUGUAAAAGUGUUUAAUAAAAUGAUAACUUAAAUGUCAGAUAUAAGAGGAGAGAGAGAGAGAGAGAGAGAGAGAGAUAAAAUGGAGGACAAUAUCCAGGAGACUGUUGAAAUAUUGACUCUCAUGCCAAAGCACAACGGACAAUACACUAGAAAUUGUUACACACUGAUGUCAUGUACAUCAGUGCAUGUAGCAUAAAGCUGGUUUGUGGCCUUUGUCCCUCAUUAGACCCCUUAAAACAACCGAACAAUCACAAAAAAACUAAACGAGUACAAAUAAACGAGUGGAUAUAA